AAAAAAAAAAAAAAACUGUUUUGAUGGUUUCAAAGGACGUCAUUUGACCACCUGCGAACUUUCUAUUACGAUCGUUCGGAAUGGAACUACGGAGGCUCGUCAAGAUAACGAUACACUAUAAACAAUGUGACGCACCUUGAAAAACCCGGACAGGCUUCAUGCUUCCUGUUCAUGACUGCUGUAAUGUCCCUCUCUACUCGCAGUGCGCUGGAAUGUAAUGAUAUUUCCAUUAUCUGAUAUAUGCUUCCGCAAAAUGCCGAAUCAAUCUGUUUGCCGGGAGUUAAGAAACUUAAUCUGGUGAUAACAGAAAGACGCGUUUUGUCGUGUAUAUAAAGACUUGCGACAGGUUUCUCAAGUACCCACUUCAGGUGCUGCAGACGCGACAAAAUGAUUAGAACAAUUGGAGUGAUAGUUUUUGGAUUGGUGGCUCUUGUUGCUGCCGCAACCGUCGAGGAACCGCCGGCAGACAGUUGGACUCUCGUCCCGGACGCCAAUGGGCGUCUACAUCUGGUCAACACAAACCCGUACAACAUUCCCGACCUGGAACAGGAGCCGGAGAAGCGAUUCACCGCUGCAACCGAUACGAUCUUCCGCUUGUACACUCGAUCGAACCCGACCACACCGCAGGUUAUCGGACUGAACAAUGCAGCCUCGCUGGCGAACUCCAACUUCGACGCAGCUAACCCGACCCGGUUUAUCAUCCACGGUUGGAACAACGAUGGCUUCUCCGAGGUCAACGUGAUGUUGACGAAUGCUUGGUUGACCCGUGGUGAUUUCAACGUGAUCACCGUUGACUGGGGAGUCGGUGCCAUCACCAUCAACUAUCCGUUUGCGCGGGCUCGUGUCCACUCCGUCGGAUCGGUCGUAUCGACGUUCAUCAACUUCCUGAACUCAAACACUGGAAUCGACCUCAGCCGUUUAAGUAUUGCAGGCCACAGCUUGGGAGCUCACGCUGCCGGAAAUGCUGGUAUGUUCCAAUUGGGUCGAUUGAACACCAUCUUUGGCAUGGAUCCGGCUUUGCCGCUGUUCUCGUUCGACAGCUCGGAUCGUAUUGAUGCCAGCGAUGCGCAGUACGUGGAAACCAUCCACACCAACGCUGGGUUGCUGGGCUUUGAUCUGCCAUUGGGUAGGGCGUCGUUCUACCCCAAUGGAGGUCGUACACAACCGGGCUGUGGAAUCGAUAUCGCCGGAGCCUGUGCUCAUGGACGUGCCUACGAAUUCCUGGCCGAGUCCAUCAUGACGGGCGGCUUCACGUCGGUACCGUGCCAGUCAUUCCAGCAGAUCCUGGAGAAUAACUGCGUCAUAGCCGGUCCAAGCCGUCCCAUGGGAGGUGAACCGUCCAACAUUAACACGGGAGCUCAGGGAAUCUUCACACUGACCACCCGUGGCUCGAGUCCGUUCUCGAUGGGUUGAGAAGUACCAAUAGAAGGGUGAUGACAAAUAUCUCAAUAAACGUAUUAGCAGUAUUUUACUUUAUUCUGGACUGUACAAUAUAUGCGAUGUUCUUUGAUAAGGA